GUUUAAUGUCAAUGUUAAAUAUAAACAAAAUUUAAAUGAAAUCAAUCUUACAAACGCCGGAUUGAAUUUCUGUAACAUAUUAUCGAUUUUACUAUAAAUGUAGAUAUUUACCAUAGAAACAGGCAUUUAAUCGACAUAAAUAAAAUAGAUAUAUACAUUUAAUAUUCACAAGAUAGUGUAAUACCUAGUAUGGAUGAGGAAGAAAAUGAAGAAUCCACAAGCCCUGCUCGUCGUUCAUUACAAAAAUCAUCCGAAGACGUAUUUGAAGAGGAACCAAUUGGUUCUCUAUCAACUGGUGUAAGUUCUUACCAAAUCAAACCAACACUUCAGAACAAGUUUAAAGAGCUACCAGUAAAGGAGAUCAUAAGAAAUGUUGUUGCAGCUAUGCUAACAGGAAUGGCCUAUGAUCCAGAUCGAGCUAAAAAUUGGUCCAUGCUGAUUUCCAACGAAGUCAAUGAAAAAGUUAGAGAUUUACAGAUGAAACGAUAUAAACACAUUGUUCAAGUUAUCAUUGGAGAAAUGAAAGGAGCUGGUGUUAAAUCUGCUGUUAGAUGUGUUUGGGAUUCAGAUGUGGAUGGUUACACAAGUGAUAUAUUUAUAAAUGACACCAUCUUCUGCGUGACCACCGUUUUCGCGAUAUAUCUGUAUUGAUCUUAGUACUAAAUUAUUUUAGAUAGUUGUUAUAAUAUUGCCAUAUUGGAGGAAGACUGUCAUUUUCACUAUUUUUUUUUUUUUUUUUUCAUUUUGGUCAAUGAAGUAACAAAUCUAUGUUUUUCACUUAAUAAGCUGCUCACUUUAGUGGUACCUGCUAUUUUCUUUCGUAUGUUUUAAUAAUUUGGUACAUUCUAAUCAAAACAUAUAAUUUAUUACACUGUAUAUCAGGAAAGGCGAUCAUUUUAUAAAAUAUACACACUCAAAUCAUAUUCAUAAAAAAAUUUUAGAAUGAGAGUAUUUACUUAGAUAUUAAACAUAGAUUCACACUGUAAAACAUUCGGUUCCAUACUUACUUAUUUAUUGGCCCCUUCAGUAUACACUUUCCCUACGUCCCUAUAACAUUCUUUAUGAAUAGUCUGUGAAUGAAACUGUGAUUGAAGUUUUUUUAAGUCAGCUCCAUCAGAACAUUAUGAUGCUUUCCUUUUCACAGCUUUGAUGGACUCAAAGCUUGUUCUUUUAGUAAAGAUUGUACCUUAAAAGUCGCUGGCAAAUAAAAUAGAUGAUUUAAUACUGCUAUGCUUGGCUAUAAUUCUCUAACAAUUUGUCUUUGUGGAUUCUCAAAGUGUAGCAAGAACUUUCCAUUAAGGAAAAUGCUCUAAAUUACACAAUUUACAUGAAAAUGAAAAUAAUGCAAGUAACAUUAAAAUAUUUAUUAAACGAUUAUGUCGAGACUGCUCCAGAUGUCGCUUCAAGGAAAUCACUCCACCGUCAGAGAGGGCAUUCAGAAGUAAUGUGUUGUACUGUUUGUCCUUUCUCAAGAUUGAACCCACUUUGCUAGAAUGUUUGCACAUUUAUCUACCCGGUAUGGAUUCUAUUUGGUAUGUACCAUGUUUUAUGCUCCAAAUCAAAUCCUAAUCAGUUGACUGGGAUGGAGUACUAUAUGAAUGUGUUGUUUUGUGCUUUGGUUCUGUUAUGAGGGUCAAUAAUCAAUUAAUGACGGAUAGAAAUAUAUAAUGCUUAUUAAUUAAAACCAUAUUGCACAUCUUUUUCUUUUUCUUUACCCUCUUAUAUAUGUUUUUUAGGAUUCUAAAAUAAAGGAUUUUUCGUUCAAAUGUACUUAAUAGGAUCUCAUCGCUUUUCGACAGUGUUCACUUCUCUGAUCCAUAUACAAGGGCCGGUUUUAUCAGGGUCUUGUAUACUUUGCAUUUGGUUUUUCUUGUGAUGUUGGAUCUUACAUGUUGAAUUAGUCCAUUAUAUGUUUUAUUAGCGAUAUGUAUUCUUCUCUUAACUUCUUCAUUGAUAUUGCUAUCUGCGGUAACUAGUGAACGUAGAUAUGUAAAACUUUUCACGCUUUCGAUGUUAUAGUCUCGUAUUAUCAGAUUCUGUAGGUUUCUUUGGCCUGUCGAUUUACUGGCCUUCAUGUAUUUCAUUUUUAUUUCGUUAAUGUUUAGGCCACUGUUUUGUGCUGCUCUUUCUAUCGCAUUAAAUGCUCUAUCAUCUCUCUUUCGCUUCUAGCUAUGAUAUCAACUUCAUCUGCAAAUGCCAAUAUUUGUACACUUUUGUUAUUAUUGUUCCUCUUGUGUUGACUUUUGACUCCCUAAUUAUUUUCUCUAAUGUGAUGUUGAAUAGAAUACAGGAUAGGGCAUCUCCCUGUCGUAGGCCCGUUCUCACAUGGAUUGUAUCUGUUAGUUCGUUUUGAAUUCGAAUUUUGCUUUGUACUUUAAGUGUUUCUUUUACUAUAUCAAUGAGUUAAGUUGGAUUAUUAAUCUCUUUCAGUUCAUGGAUCAGAAAUUCUCGAUGGAUGCUAUCAUAGGCACUCUCAAAGUCAAUGAAAAGAUGAUGUUUGUCUAUAUUAAAUUCACUAGUCUUUUCCAAGAUUUACCUCAAGACGAAGAUCUGAUCUAUUGUGGACUUCUGCCUGCGGAAACCACAUUUAUAUCCCCCAACUAUUUGUUCAGCAUAUGGUCUCAAUCGGUCAUACACAAUAUUUGACAGUAUUUUAUAUGCCACAGUCAGUAGCGGUAUUGCCCGGUAGUUUUUGCAUUGAAAAACCUGAUCUCCCUUUUUACGUAGUGGGAUAAUUACUCCGGUAUUCCACUCUUGUGGCAGUUAUUUAUUAUUCCAUAUGUUUACUAUUAGUUCGUAUAUCGCAAUAGGGAGUCUCCACUUUCCUUUAUUUCUUCUUCUUCACGUGCCAUCUCCGCUACGAAGGUUGGCUAUCAUCAUGGCAAUUUUGCUCCUGGAGGCUGCCGCUCGGAACAAUUGUAUGGAAGUGCAAGCAAACCACUCCCUGAGGUUUCUCAACCGUGACCUUCUCCUACCUAUGCUGCGCCUACCUUCAAUCUUUCCUUGCAUAAUUAGUUGUAACAGUUGAUAUUUAUUCCCACGUGUAAUAUGUCCCAGGUAUUGUAGUUUCCUCAUUUUAACAUUCAAUACGACCUCCUUUUGUUUGUUCAUCCUGUCUAAUACAACUUGGUUAGUUAUCUUAUCCUUCCAGGAGAUUUUUAACAUUCUUCGGUACGCCCACAUCUCAAAUGCCUCCAGCUUACCCAUACAUUGCUUAUUUAGUGUCCACGCCUCCACCCCAUAUAACAGGACCGAGAAAACAUAACAUUUAAGCAUUCGUAUUUUCAGCUUUAGGCUUAGGUUUCGGCUACACAACAUUUGUUUCAUAUUGUUAAAGGCACUGCGAGCUUUCUCUAUUCUUAUUCUUAUUUCUCUGGUGUAUUCGUUUGACUCGUUAAUAUUUGUUCCGAGGUAAUUGUAAUUUUGUACUCGUUCAAUGAGAUUCUGUCCUACAUGUAAGUUGAUAUUAUUGAUACGUUUCUUUGUAAUUAUCAUGAAUUUGGUCUUCUUUGUAUUCAGUGACAGACCAAAUUCUUCACUUGCUUCAACCACUUUGUUUAGUAAUAUCUGUAGGUCGUCUAUAUUUUCUGCUAUGAGUGCGGUAUCAUCAGCAUAUCGGAUAUUGCAAAUGGGGUGACCGUUGAUCUUUACUCCGGCUUUUUCGUUCAUAAGAGCUUUUUUAAUAACUUCUUCCGCGUAGACAUUGAACAAGGUUGGAGACAACACACAGCCCUGCCGAACACCUCUUUUGAUCUGUAUUCUAUCUGAUAUCGAGCUGUUAAUUCGUACUGUUGCUUCUUGUUUGUAGUAUAGAUUCCUUAUCACUCGAAUGUCCCUUGUAUCAAUAUUUUUAUUUUCCAGUAUUUGCAUCAGUGGCCUAUGUUUUACUGUAUCAAAUGCUUUGUUAUAGUCUAGGAAACACACAAAUAUGUCCUGAUUUACGUCUAAGCAUCGUUGUGUUAGAACAUUAAAAGCAAACAGUGCCUCUCUAGUUCCUAGUCCGUCUCUAAAGCCAAAUUGAGAGGGUCCGAUGUCAACUUCCAAUUUUUUUAUAUAUUCGCCGAUGAAUGAUUUUUCCUUUAUUAAUUCUGCGUUAAUGUUCUCUAAUCCAGGUGACUUGUUGUUUUUCACGUAACGUAUUUUGCAGAAUUUAUUGAUUUUCUGAUACGUUUUAAACAGGUUUAUAAGGACUUUUGCAACACGACAUAUAUGUUUUUGGAUGUAGGAGAAAAAACUACAGAAUGGCGGUUUUAUCUCAAUUUUGAAAAAAAUAGGCAGAACAAAUUUUGUAACUGGGCAACUCUUGUUUUUUUUUUGGCUCAAGUUUCUACUUUUCAUGUGAUAUAUUUGUUUUAUACAAUAAUAAAAGAGACCAAAUUUGAGCAUAUUUGAAGCUAUGAGUUAAUUGUUUCGAUAUUACAAAAAGUUAUUAUUAUAGUUUUAAUUGUGAGAUUUUAAGAUAUGAGAGUCUUCUUUCAACUUGCAUUUUUGAUAGAUAAUUUACCAUUUUCUUUUUGAUCACUGUUGGUAGUUGUUAUAACUAAGACACUGUAUUUUUAUAAUUUUUAAUAUUUUUUUAAAUAAAUAAUUU